AUGACCAAACCAGACCAAUCUGUGCUGAGUGAGCUCCAGCCACCCAAACUGGGUGUCCCAACAGCAGAAGGAGCAGCACAAGGAGAGAUGGCAGCUGAGGCUCCUGAUGACCACGACUCCUGCCCUACUGUCCCUGCCCAGGGCUGUGGAAAGCCACCUGACAAGAACAGUGCCUCCAGCUCCAGACCUGGGCUGUGGGCUGCGCCCUGUCCCCGGGACCCUGCCCUGCGCCCGCCCGGUGACGAUCGGAGCUGUCGCUACACGUCUGGCUGCCUCAGUCCCCCAGACCCAAGCCACGUGCGCCGGGCGGCAGAGGAACCCGGUCCUGGUCUUCCACCCAGUGAGCUUGCUUCCCCAGGGACGGAAGCCGCGUGUGGCAGGUGGGGUGGGCAGGGCAGGGACGCAGCUGGGGGAGAGAAGGCGUCGGGAGCCCGGGGUGCAGACGCAGGCGCCCCUCCGGAUAGCUGGGACAAGACUUCAGGUCGCGAGUGUCCCACGGCUUUCCUGCGGGUCCCAGGGGAGAGAGGACCCUGUGGGCGGGACCUUUCUCUCCAGGCCUCCCACCCCUUAGCGUGGGAACCCAAGUGGGCUGGGGCUGGGGAUGCUCGUCCUGGAAACACGCUAGUGGGCUCCGGCUUCAGCGUGGUGGUGGGAAGCCGCAACCCCAAACGCAUAGCUGGGCUCUUCCCCUCCUCUGUCCACGUGACUUUCCAGGAGCAGGCAGUGAGCUCUCGAUGAUAUCUUGGGCGGGUUCGGGAGCACUAUUACUGUGUGGUAGUUGACCAGCUAGCCGGCAAGAUCCUGGUGGAUGUGAGCAACCCAACAGGAAGAGGGCACUUCGAUCGAGUCUUGAUCGAGUUCCUGGCCAUCUCUCUUCCCGCCUGUAAUGGCGAGGUUAAUGUCAUCUCUGCCUGGACCCGGCAGGCUGGCCUCGGGGAUGGACAAGUGCCCAUCUGCAGUGACCAGCCAGAAGCCAAGCUCUCUGUCUCUGAGAUGGUGCAUGCCAUGGGCUUCAAACCUGUGGACAUGGGACCCCUGGCAUCCACCCGCGAGGUGGAGGCCAUGCCCCUGCACCUGCUCCCAGGCUGGAAGGUGCCCACCCUCCUGGCGCUGGGGCUGUUCGUCUGUUUCUAUGGCUACAACUUCAUCCGGGACGUGCUGCAUCCCUAUGUGCAGGAGAAUAAGAACAAGUUCUACAAACUGCCAGUGUCGGUGGUCAACACCACGCUGCCGUGUGUAGCCUACAUGCUGCUGUCACUGGUGUACCUGCCCGGCGUGCUGGCGGCUGCCCUGCAACUGCAGCGCGGCACCAAGUACCGCCGCUUCCCCGACUGGCUGGACCACUGGCUGCAGCACCGCAAGCAGAUCGGGCUGCUCAGCUUCUUCUGCGCAGUCCUGCACGCACUCUACAGCUUCUGCCUGCCUCUGCGCCGUUCCCACCGCUACGACCUGGUCAACCUGGCCAUCAAGCAGAUGCCGCCUCCUGCCUGUGCCCCUGCACCUGCCUGUCCAUCGCUGUCUACACCAGGUUUUGCCAAUAAGGGUUACCUGUGGGACGAGGAAGAAGUCUGGCGGAUGGAGAUAUACCUCUCCCUGGGCGUGCUGGCCCUCGGCACACUGUCCCUGCUGGCCGUCACCUCACUGCCGUCCAUUGCAAACUCACUGAACUGGAGGGAGUUCAGCUUUGUGCAGUCCACCCUGGGCUUUGUGGCGUUGGUGCUGAGCACCCUGCACACGCUCACCUACGGCUGGACCCGCGCCUUCGAGGAGAGCCGCUACAAGUUCUACCUGCCGCCCACCUUCACGCUCACGCUGCUGGUGCCCUGCGUCGUCAUCCUGGCCAAGGGCCUGUUCCUCCUGCCCUGCUUCAGCCGCAGACUCGCCAAGAUCCGGAGGGGCUGGGAGAAGGAUGGCGCGGUCAGGUUCACAGUGUCAACCGAGCAUGUCCUGCCGGAGAAAACAAGCCACGUAUGAGGCGCCAAAAACCAGGCACAGGGGGUUGCAGCCCUGAGCCUGUUUGGGUUUUCUUUCUGGAUGGUGCUGAGCAGAGUAACUGCGAGCAAAUGGGUGGUUUGGGGUUGGAAUUCCUGAGACACGAUGUACGCAGUACUAUUCAGAAUGGCACACCUGUGUGUGUGAUAUGUAUGUACAUAUAUUUCCUAUAUCUAACAGGAUUUGCGAUUAUACUUAGCUAAAAAGUUAAGUCCCUGAGAUUUCAAGGUAUAGAUUUAAAAGCAAGUGUCCGAUGUUAAACAACAGCUCACACUCUUGUGACAUUUGCAGAGGGACACUCACACUCUUUGUACCGAAGAAUCUUGUAUCGUUUGUCCCCCUCCCUUGCUCCUCUUUAGCUACAUCCCAAGGCUGGUGCAGAGAUGGAACUCUUAAGUGGCCAAGACACAACAGCUCUGGCUUUGCCCACCUUGCACCAGGAGCCACGGAGCAGGGGUGCAGAUCUGAUCUUCCUGCUGCCUCUGCAGCAGCAGGGGAGAGGAGGCUUAGCAGGAACACAGUGAGGGGCACAGCUGGAGUCUGUGCUGGAGCCAUUGAAGAUUGGUCCUUUGCAGCAUAGGGGAGGGCAGGGGAUUGGGGCCGAAGCUAUUCCACUUGAGCCUCACUGAGCUAAGGGGUUUUCCCCCUGCCCUGAAAGUCUGAAGUCACCACAGAGCCUGCAAAUUGAUCCUCUUGUGAGGGUGUGAAAGUCACCUCUGAACUGGAGCCACUAAUGAACCCGGUGUUCAGAGCUAGUGUAAUUGCUUUCUCUCCAUUAAGUGGGUGGUGACCGUUUUUUAAACCACUGUGCCUUCUCGCCUUUUCCAUCAUUAAUUUAACUGUCUCCCAGGAAGGCCUGCAGCAGACCCCUGACAAAUCGGGUGUCGGGGAGGAAUGGCAGUACUCCCUGAGUAUCACCCCUGCCUAGACCCUCUUGGACCUGCCCUGCUGAAGGACUGUCUUCAUUAAUUUGAGUCUGUGGGAAAAUAACAGACCUGUUCAAAUGUCCUCUGCUGCCUCUGGGCAGAAAACCACACUAGCUCCUAGGUCCUCCUCACAGGGUACAGUGGUCCCCUUAUUUUCAGUUUCAACUUUGUUUCAGUCACCCAGUCAACCGCA